AUAUAGUUCUUACAUUGUACUUGUAAAUUUCUAUUACAGGAAAAUUGAUUCAUAGCUUAAAUAAAAAUGAGCACGCACUUGAUAUGGCAGCUCCUGUUCAUGAGAGGUUUGGUGAUAUGGAUGGUCCUACUGAUGACAAUGCCUCAUUGAAGAAGAGAACCAAUGUUCUCCUUCUUGGUGAUCACCUUGGAGACUUGAGAAUGUCUGAUGGUUUGAAUUAUGAGACCCGAAUAUCCAUGGGAUUCCUGAACCACAACAUUGAGAACUCACUCAGCUGCUAUCGAGAAGCUUUUGACGUUGUUUUUGUGAAUGAUGCAGCCAUGUGGGGAGUUAUCAAAUUGGUGUCUGAAAUCUGUUCAAGUGGUGUUUGAUUAUUUCCAGUCUCAUUCUUUUUUGCUUUAUAUUAGGAUUCCUUCGUAUUAUGUAAAGUUUUAAGAGCACUGUUCACAAUCUCAACCCUUCAAUGUUUUGUUUCACCGAAGAAUAUAACUUAUAAAUAUUGUCAAACAAAUGACAUAAAUCA